CUAACAAUGUUUACAAACAACUAGCGCUCUUCUACUCAGUCUACAUACCGUUCUGGAACAUGAGUUUACAAAAAGAAGAGUUGGCAUUAUUUUCCGCGUCAUGCGGAUAUUACACGUUCUGUAAAUGCGGUCUCUAAUCAAUUCGAUGUAAUUACAAGCAACUUGCGUUACUGCUUCUAAGUGACUGUGGAACAUGCUUUAGAGUUCCAGCACGUAUUGAACUGGAAUAAGAAGUAAAGAUGCUGGGAACGAUAGGGUCGACUCCGAUUCGAGUGAGCUUCACGGAGUCCUGGCAAGACGGCGAGCAGGACGCAAAUUCAGCGCUAACCGAACUAGAUAAAGGUUUGCGUUCGGGGCGUCAAGGCGAACAGUGCGAAACUAUUGUUCGCUUUCCACGUCUGUUCGAGAAAUAUCCAUUUCCUAUUCUGAUCAACUCAGCCUGCCUGAAAUUGGCCGAAGUCUUUCGAGGAAACCAGAGCAACUUCUUGCGUCUGCUCAUCCUUCGGGUAAUGCAAGAAAGCGAGAAGCACCUGGACAAAAUUCUCUCCGUGGAUGAGUUUGUGCGACGAAUUUUCAUUGUGAUGUAUUCGAAUGAUCCGGUUGCUCGAGCCCUUACUCUCCGUACCUUGGGUAGCAUUGCUUGUGUCGUUAAAGAUCGCAGCAAUGUACAUCAUUCCAUCAGGUCAAGCCUCGAAUCGAAUGACACUGUCGAACUCGAAGCAGCAAUUUACGCCUGCUCUCGUUUGUCCGCCGUAUCUCAUCAGUUUGCGAGUUCCAUCUGCCCCAUUGUCGCCCAUAUGAUGAAGGACUUAUCAACUCCGGUUGAUAUUAAACUCAAGCUGUUGUCGGUGUUUUCGAACAUGACGCACGAUGCUCAGACAGCGAAUCAGGUCCGCGAACUUUGCCUUUCAUUAUUGCCCACCCAUCCAGCGCAGGACUUCGUGGUGGAAAUUCUGGCCGUCCUGACUAAGCUGGCCGCAUCAUCUAUCUCACAUAUCACGUCGCAGAUCCAUCUGCUGCUGGAACAUCUUGAAAGCGAUCCUCGAGCAGCUGUUCGAAGGCAAGCUCUUAGCGACCUAAGGUUUCUUGCCGAAGAAGAACGCUGGGCUCAUCUGUGGCACAAGGAGCACAUGGACCGUUUGGUGAGCUAUGCGCUAUCAAGCCCAUACAUGGGCCUUAAAUGUCAGGCCAUACGAGUUAUCGUUUUGUUGACGAAGUCACUCGCAGUCCACCGAAUCGAUCUGUCCCCUUCGUCAGACAUUCUGCACCUUUGCACGCAAACCAUCUACCACGAGGAUGUUCGGCUAGCUGCAGUGUCCGUGGAGCUCAUAACUCAGUUAGCAGUGCAUAUUUGCAAAGAAAAGAUGGCGCAUGUGGAUCUGAUGCGUGACACAUGUUCAGCUAUUGAAACCCUUCUCUUCCUCGUGAGCUCUUCGGGACCAUCGGUUGCUUUAACGCUGGCGCUACGCUGCGUUCUUGACCUGUGUCGCGUCGACGCAGCUCUGUGUUCGCAUUUCGUUGAUGUAUUGGCCCUCUUCCUUCCCAACGAAGCGAUCUGCCAAACGCUGGCCGCUAUCGGAGCUGAACGCCGAGUCCUGGCUCAUCUUGAACCUAAGAUACGGCAAUGGCUGCCUCAGCGACCGCUUAUCCUUUGGACACUUCUACUGCAAGCCAGUCUUGAGGGGCCUGCUGGCCAGUUGAUAUUUCCUCCAGAGUUAAUGACUCACGUUGGUCCAUGGGACCUGUACCGUCUAGCUAGACAAGCAGCUCACUAUGGACAGCAUCGCGCUGUUCGCAGGUUGGUCGAGAACCUUGAAACAGCUGUGAGUUCAGAGCAUCUCUAUCAUUGGCUUGUGGCCAUUAAGAAACUGGCAUUGGCCGAGGAAACUCGGGAGACAUGUCAUUAUGAAACAGCAGUAUCUGCACUUAAAGCUGCAACAACACCUCAGCAUAGUCUUCAGUUUCAAGUGGAAUAUGUUCGACUACGUGCACAGAUGAUCUCGUUAAGUCAACAGCUAGUUCACGCUGCAGGCUGCUUGCGCACGUGUCCUCCACCUGCUAUUGCAGCUUCGCUAGCGGCACAGACCCGAGAUGAUAACCUCAAAUGUGGCCGUGUUGUGAGUCAGCUAAGGAAAAGUGCGCGCGACUGGCGGGCCUUAAGCGAUCAGUGGGCCGCCUUGUUCGAGAGCAGUUUCGACGCUGAUGAGCAAAGUUUACGGCACCUCCGCGUGAUGCAGCACAAGUGCCAGCUGAUUGCUCAAGCUGCCGAGAAGGUCUCCCAGUACAAUCAGGGUAUCAGAGCCCAAGUCAGCAUGGUUGAACCUUGGAGCGGCGAUGCUGCAAAUAAUCCUUGCUCAAGUUCGUUUCGCGACUUCGAGGCAAAACAGAAGGCAGUAUCACUCUAUCGCGAACUCGUUGACGCUGGAGAAGGCCUCACUACGACAAAGGUUAGUACUCUUGUGGAAAUUUCCCAGUUCCUCGUGGGCGUGCCGCUGCAUCUGCCGCGGUUCUUUUUUCAGCGACUUCAGAAAACCACUCUCCAGCUGGCGGUUAGCCCACAACAGACAAAUCCGAAUGAGCCGGUGUUUAUCGCAGGCUCUCAGCUGUCACUUAAAGUUGAGGGAGUUGUACAACAAAGCGCUAACGCUCAUCGUAAAGUUCGCCGCGUACGACUCAAGGUCGCUGCGGGGGAGCCGGCAUUGCUCUGCCUUGAAGAGGUUGCCCGACCCAGAAACGAUUACUUUUCAGCCGAGUUUCUUGUUUCUCUACCGACAGCAGGUGUUUACUAUAUACAAAUUGAUACAGCUGUAUUGGAUGAAGACCAAAACGUUUGGACAACAGGGCCUCGUGAAGGAUUUAUGGCGAAAACCCAGGAAGAUUCGUCGGCCAAGCGGAUGUACCUUCCACGAACUUAAAAUCUCAGCAAAUUUUCGAUACUGAAUAGACUACAUAUAAAAAUAGUCGUGUGGCUUGUAAUACAUAAUUCAAUUUCAGAAAUACGUGUAUAGUCGUCUAAUAAUAACACUUUUCAAAAAAGGUCAACUUCUUUAUUUCGUUUCGUGUUAUAUUAUUAGUUAAUUGAUGAAGUGGAACACAGUUAAGAUUAAUCGCUCUUAGAGUUCGCGAGAGCUUUGGACCGACGUCUCAGCGUUUGCCUCAGAUUGGAUUCUGUAUACAGACAAUAUUGAAUAGAAUAUAAUAAAAUAAUCUAGGAAUCAGCACAUGCCAGUUCCGAUUUAGACCUGAAGGACCUUCUACCGUAAAUUAAAUCACCAACCUUUGUUUAUUCUGUCGCGCGUAAAGUAUAUAACGUGCAAUCUCCCCUCGACGCUCUGAGAAAAGCUCGCUCUCAGAAUUAACCGACAAAUAGUUUAUACCAGUGUGAACAGGCAGUUAGUGUUUGAUAGUAACAAGUUCAAUCACCGUUCUUUAGAAUACGUGGCUACUAGCAGUAAUUGACCAGCCACCAUUCUAUACACGUCCGUCCGAUUGGCGAACUGGACGCUGAAUUUCGUUUGUCCGAGGUUCUUGACAAUGGCUGGCGUUACAUCAAGACUAGACGGCCUGAGGAAUGGUUUGUCGUUCCCGAAGGGCGAGGCCUGUUGCCUAAAUAAGCACUGCAUUGUGACAAUUGUGCUCAUCUCAAACUUGAGACUGAGCCGAGCUAAUCGCUGCCAAAGGCCUGAAUAAAGUUCAGGUACAUUGGGAAUAGAAUAUCGAUCGUGCCAGUAAAAAGAUGAAAGGCUAUCAAUUACGACCAGAGCAACAGGCUCUGUACUUAGCAGCUGCGGAAGACGAAAACCGACGAAAACUUGCAAUUCCGUCAAUGUUCCGCACUUUUGAAUCGUGAGACGAUACAGCAUUGACUUAAAGUGACUUGGCGAAAGGUUACGGGCCCUAAAAGUCGAUACAAUAGUAAAUCAUAAAGAACAUUAAUGCAGGCUUGUCCGAUAACAAAUUUCUAGGCGAAAAGGUGCAUGCCUAAUCGAAAUUGUAGAUAUAUCAAGCUGAGAAGGAAUAGAAAAAAAUAACAAGGUAAUCUGUGUGUAUGAAAAAAUAUGCUAGUCAAUUUUUUGUAUUAAUAAGAGAAAAUAUUAGGCACACUAUUUUUCAAGAGAAAGCUCAAUAAACUUAAUGAAUAUCCUUAGAAAACUCUGUAGAAGUCUCUAUACAUAACUGAUACUUAAAAUGAAGUUUUCUAAAAUUCUGCCCAGCAAAAGCUUAGUCAUAUUUAAU